AAUGCAAUGAGCGAGGUAGAUUCCGUUGCGAAAGAAUUGGAUUUUAAAUUAGUUGUGACGAAAAAAGGAAAGCAGCGUACGAAAAUACGAAACAAGCCCCGAACACGGUGCAACAGUGUUCCAACCGAUCCAGAACGCUCGAAAGAAUUCUGCCGGGAAACAAUAAUCAAGCAACUGCAGACGGCCGAGUCGGAUAUUUCACAGUCCGAGUUUUUCCGGGAGUGUUUGGAAAUUAUCCAACCGGUACUAAUCGGUACAGAGAACAUCGUUUGUCUUGGGUUAGGUAACUUUCACGAGUGUGCCACCGCACGGUAUCAGCUAGCGUUUAUUCGGUGUUUGCGGCAACAGACGAAUCUCGACAUCAGGGCACAAUUUUUUGACCCAGUGUUUAGCCGAUCGGAGGUGGAAACGUUGCGCACUCUUGGGGAGAUAGUGCUGCACGACAAUCUUGAAGGUAAAUACAGUGCAGACCGCAGGACACUCUUCUUCCUGCCACACUGUCCGAAGCAGAUCGUCAACAAUUUGUUGUGGAAGAAUUGGGAUCCACGCCGUUUGGCGAACGUUGUACUCAUUUGCAACAGCUUCAGCACAGUGGUGAAUAAUAACCCCGAUCGCUUGCUGCGAGUCAACGCGGGUUACAUUCUACGAGCGGCAUAUUUGUAUCGGGAAGUUGCCCUACGAAACAGCUUUCGCUUUACGGACAUAUUCAACGAUACCUCACUACACUAUCUUCGUGACAGUGCACCAAACGUGCAAACCGAUUGGGAUUGCACUGACGAACCGUCGUACGAGCAGGACGAUCUAGAGCUCAUAUCACGACAGGCUGUGGCAAGUCUUGAAUUUGAGUAA